AUGCCGUUCUCUUUCAUCAGGAAGUUCUCCAUCAAAGACUUCGACAUCGGCCGUCCGCUCGGGAAGGGCAAGUUCGGUAACGUGUAUCUGGCGCGCGAGCGGAAGCUGAAGGUGAUCGUGGCUCUGAAGGUGCUCUUCAAGUCUCAGAUGGAGAAGGAAGGCGUGGAGCAUCAGCUGCGGAGAGAGAUCGAGAUCCAGUCUCACCUCAGGUGUGUUUCAGUUGCUUCUCCUUCCUUCAGACGAAUCCAGAGUGGUGCAGCUGUAAGUCACAUGACCGCGCUCUCGCUGUGUUUGCAGUACAUGGAGGAGCUGGCUGACGCGCUUCUGUACUGCCACGAGAAGAAGGUGAUCCACAGAGACAUCAAACCUGAGAACCUUCUGCUGGGAUACAGAGGAGAGCUCAAGAUCGCAGACUUCGGCUGGUCCGUCCACGCACCCUCCCUCAGACGGAGGACCAUGUGUGGGACUCUGGACUAUCUGCCGCCGGAGAUGAUCGAGGGUCACACUCACGAUGAGAAGGUGGAUCUGUGGUGCAUCGGUGUGCUGUGCUACGAGUGUCUGGUGGGAAACCCUCCGUUCGAGACCGCCAGCCACACAGAGACAUACAAGCGCAUCACUAAGGUGGAUCUGCAGUUCCCCAAGCUGGUUUCUGACGGCGCUCGGGAUCUGAUCUCCAAGCUGCUGCGUCACAGUCCAGCCAUGCGUCUGCCGCUCCGCAGCGUGAUGGAGCACCCCUGGGUCAAAGCCAACUCCCGCCGGGUGCUGCCACCCGUCUGCAACCCGCAUCACUGACCUCAAGGACCCGUUUGAGACACGCAGGCCUGCUGCUCCGAGUCCACUGGUGAUGCUUGUGCUGUGAGCUGAGUGUUGCACGGUGUCAGAAACAUCGGAUCCAGGGCCCGGUCCUGUGUGUGUGUGUGUGGGCUAUAUUAAUUGGUUACAAACGUAUUUAAGUGUGCCCGUUAAUGAGCCCAGAUGUAAACGAACUCUAGUUUGUUCCCUUCUGUUUUACACUGUCCCGUGUAGCUGUAGUUCUGCUGUUCUGUUCAUAUUCAUGUUGUUUUAUAAUCUAUGAAUGUCUGUAUUAUACUGAACUUAUGAAAUAUAAACCGGUGCGUUUUAAGUAUGUUUGGUGGCGCAGCUUUUUGAUUUGCAUGAAGUGAUUGAUUGUUAAAGUCCGCAUGCAUUCAGGCUUGAUGUAGCUGUCUGUAUCAAUUUCUUUUGGAAACACAGACUGGACUGGAAACAUUAAACCGGUGCUAGUAAUUAACUAGUAGUUUUUAAAGUUUGUGGCUGCUGCUGGAGUACUGACUAGCUCCUGGUUUGCUUUUAACUGCUGGUGAAAUAACUUAAAGGGAUAUCUCACCCAAUAAUUAAAAGUCAUUUAUUCACUUUCAUGUUGUUCCAAACCUGUCCAACACCAGAUAUUGUGAUGAGUGCUGUGAGCCGAACAGCUGAUGGUAGCCGUUGACUAACAUGGGGUUUUUAUUUUAUGUUUUUCGUGCUAUGGAAGUCGAUCCGAACAAUUUAAGAGUUAGUAAACGACAGAUUUUUCCUUCAGGCCCCACACAAGCUGUUAUCC